UCACAAAAAAUUUUUUUUUCUAAAACAACAAAUUUUAAUGAAAUGUUAAAGUAAAAAAUCUUUUGCGGCCAUAUAUAUAAUUAACUGAACCUUCUCUGCUGAAACACGCAAAAGAUAUCUGCCAAUUCAUAGUCAUCUCUAUUAUGUGGUGAUGGCAAAUAGUUUUGUAGAAAGGAAUAUGAACAACCGAAAGACAAGAAAACAGUUAACCGGUUCUUGAGAGUUAGUUCAGAAAAUUCACGUACAUUCCACACAUAAAUUUAUGCAAUGAAAAAAUGUUUGAAAAAAAUUUUAAUUUUUGAAUUUUAUGCCGACUGCGAUAAAUUACAGUGUCUCUGAAUGGCCUGCGGUGUGGCUUCUUCCCCGCUAUACACUCGCUUAGUCGCUCGAGCGUCUCAACGUGUUUACUUACGUGCAAAAUACUAACAUGUAUAUGGGGAUCGCUUUGCCGGUGCGCGUUAAUAAACAAAAUAAAAUGCUAAACAACAAUAAUAACAACAACUGAGUAAGCGCAGACAUCAGCAGCAGAGAGUGGUGGCAUUUGGUUUAAAUAUGAGCGUCAGCUCGAUGUGAAUUUCAGUUGAAAACUCGAUCUCAACGUAAACAGAUCAACAAUCAGAACUAUAAAGUCCAAGUUGGCAGAAAGCUAAAGCAAAUUUAAAGCAAAGCAGAAAAAUAAAUAAAAUUGUGUGUUUAAAAAAAUUACUUUCUUGCUGAAAAAAAGCUUUUGAAUUGCAAAAGUAUAAAAAACUUUGUCAAAUCGAGUGAGAAAACAGCAUUUUCUAUAAAAAAUAAUAAAAUAUUUUUACAACAAUCACAAAAAAAUGUGCUCACUAAAAGUGUGUUUAAUCUUCGUCGCGGCAGUUAUUGCUGUCAGCUGCUUAAGCAGUACAAAUGCUGCCGUAUUCACACAACCCGCUGCCUUCCAUCCUGCACAUCGUGGCAAGUGCUUCGACAAGAUCACCCGUCGUGCCAUGCUGCCGAACAAGGAGUACAAGCCGAAAGGCAUUUGCGCCGUCAUGACAUGCGACAUACACAGACAGACGAUCAAUAUUGAGACCUGCCCGUACGUGGAGAUGCCCGGCUGUGAAGAGUUGCCCAGCGAUCCCAAUUGGGCGUUCCCCAAGUGCUGUGCGCAAUUCAAGUGCACGGACUUCAAGACCGGCAAGGAGUUCAUUGUGUCGGCGUAGAGGCCAUUAAGCUGCGCUGAGCGGAACAAUAAAUAAAUUAAAAUAAUAAUGAUAAGAAUACUCAAGUGCCGCAUGCCACGCGUUGAAGGCCGGGAAGGCAGUGUUGGGUGCAGUAUGGCAGUGCGAAGGGCGGGCGUGAGUAGGGAGGCGUGUGUGUGCGCGUGUGGCGCGAAAACGUGAUUUUAUGCUUUUACUUACCAUUACUACCUUUAACUACUAUUAAAACUACAAAAUACUAUUUUUAAAUGUGUGAAUCGUCUACAAAGUGUGCGUGCCUGCAGCGAUAAAGCUCUUUUGAGGAGCUACUACUCUGGCUUUAAUUAUGUUAUUCUAAAUUUUUUGUUAUUACUCAACUGUCUCACUCAUUAAAAACUUCAUUAGUGUGUAAGAUUAUUUAUUGAAAAAAAAAUCAAAAUCAAAAACAAAAACAAAUUGUAAAUACUCGUUUUUCGCCUAAAGUUUUAGUAAGAAAAUAUUUUCGUUAA